GCAACUAUAUGAAGGUGUAGUAGGAUACCCGAUCAGAGCAGCUUGCGUUGCAGACAAGAGAGAGAGAGAGAUUUGUGGUACACACCUGUCGGUCGUGAAUUAAAACAAUUUGGAACCUUUGAAAACUGUUCACACCUGACAUGGCUGAAAUGGAAUCUACAGUUGAGGUAGGUGAGAUCCUACACAGUAACACGUCUACCUACACCGUCCAGAAGUUUAUCGGUGAAGGCUACUUUGGAAAAGUGGCCAAGUGCCUGAAUGUCAACACUCAAGACCAAGUGGCUAUCAAAAUACUCAAGAAGGACUCUACUGCAGCCGAGGACGCAGAGAGAGAGAUCGCCAUGUUAGAUCUUAUAUCUGUACGAGAUCCAGACCACAUUAACGUGGUGAAGUUCUUGGAAAAGUUUGAACAUGUGGGACAGACCUGUCUGGUGUUUGAGAUGCUUGAGGUAAAUCUGCUUGACAUGAUCUGCGAAUGUGGGAAUCUGCCUGUGGUGAUGAUCCGGCCGAUAGCUCAGCAGCUGUUGGUCGCCCUGGAUGCCCUAAAAGGUCUAGGUAUCCUGCACACCAACAUUAAACUAGGCAAUGUCAUGAUGGUCAGCGAUGAACCGCCCAUCAGAGUGAAGCUGAUUAACUUUAGUUUAGCCACUCCCAUCUCCAGUGUAGAGCUUGGUGAUUUAUGUCAGCCAAUUCCAUACAGAGCUCCAGAAGUUUCCCUCGGCCUGCCCUACAAUGAGGCUAUCGAUAUGUGGGGUCUGGGCUGUGUUCUGAGCUUACUCUACCUGGCUUCCAACCCUUUCCCCAACACUGUUUAUCAGGUGAUGAAGAUUUUGAUUGAACUUUUUGGCCAGCCGGAGGACCACCUGCUCAACGCUGGAGUAUACACUCGCAACUUUUUCACAAAGAUUGACGAAGGAACUGACGGUCCAACAUGGAGGCUACUGACGUCUGAGGAGUACGAAACACUGACUGGGAAAAAAACUUCGGGAGGAUGAGAACAUAAUGAACUGCCCAGCUCUCUGGACGAUCUGGCUCAUAUCUUCCCAGUGUCCGAACCUGCAGAGCUUGAGGACAGGUUAGCGUUUAUAGACCUUUUGAAAAGUAUGAUGCAUCUUGACGGCGCUUUGAGGAUCUCGCCCAGUCAAGCUCUGCAGCACCCCUUCAUCACCAUGUCCCACCUGUCCGAGCACCCUGACAGCUCAGACUAUUUAACAACUGCCAGAGAGAUGAUGGAAACACCACAAAAUCCUGACCAGGAGUCAGCUGCUGGAGCUGAGGAAGAUGUCAGAGACCCCUGCACAUGUGAUGGAAAUAUAGAAAUGGAAUCUACAGUUGAGGUAGGUGAGAUCCUACACAGUAACACAUCUACCUACACCGUCCAGAAGUUUAUCGGUGAAGGCUACUUUGGAAAAGUGGCCAAGUGCCUGAAUGUCAACACUCAAGACCAAGUGGCUAUCAAAAUACUCAAGAAGGACUCUACUGCAGCCGAGGACGCAGAGAGAGAGAUCGCCAUGUUAGAUCUUAUAUCUGUACGAGAUCCAGACCACAUUAACGUGGUGAAGUUCUUGGAAAAGUUUGAACAUGCGGGACAGACCUGUCUGGUGUUUGAGAUGCUUGAGGAAAAUCUGCUUGACAUGAUCUGCGAAGGUAGGAAUCUGCCUGUGGUGAUGAUCCGGCCAAUAGCUCAGCAGCUGUUGGUCGCCCUGGAUGCCCUAAAAGGUCUAGGUAUCCUGCACACCAACAUUAAACUAGACAAUGUCAUGCUGGUCAGCGAAGACCUGCCCAUCAGAGUGAAGCUGAUUGACUUUAGUUUAGCCACUCCCGUCUCCAGCGUAGAGCUUGGUGAUUUAUGUCAGCCAAUUCCAUACAGAGCUCCAGAAGUUUCCCUCGGCCUGCCCUACAAUGAGGCUAUCGAUAUGUGGGGUCUGGGCUGUGUUCUGAGCUUACUCUACCUGGCUUCCAACCCUUUCCCCAACACUGACUAUCAGGUGAUGAAGAUUUUGAUUGAACUUUUUGGCCAGCCGGAGGACCACCUGCUCAACGCUGGAGUAUACACUCGCAACUUUUUCACAAAGAUUGACGAAGGAACUGACGGUCCAACAUGGAGGCUACUGACGUCUGAGGAGUACGAAACACUGACUGGGAAAAAACUUCGGGAGGAUGAGAACAUAAUGAAGCUGCCCAGCUCUCUGGACGUUCUGGCUCAUAUCUUCCCAGUGUCCGGACCUGCAGAGCUUGAGGACAGGUUAGCGUUUAUAGACCUUUUGAAAAGUAUGAUGCAUCUUGACGGCUCUUUGAGGAUCUCGCCCAGUCAAGCUCUGUUGCACCCCUUCAUCACCAUGUCCCACCUGUCCGAGCACCCUGACAGCUCAGACUAUUUAACAACUGCCAGAGAGAUGAUGGAAACAUCCCAAAAUCCUGACCAGGAGUGGUCUGCUGGAGCUGAGGAAGAUGUCAGAGACCCCUGCACAUGUGAUGGAAAUAUAGAAAUGGAAUCUACAGUUGAGGUAGGUGAGAUCCUACACAGUAACACGUCUACCUACACCGUCCAGAAGUUUAUCGGUGAAGGCUACUUUGGAAAAGUGGCCAAGUGCCUGAAUGUCAACACUCAAGACCAAGUGGCUAUCAAAAUACUCAAGAAGGACUCUACUGCAGCCGAGGACGCAGAGAGAGAGAUCGCCAUGUUAGAUCUUAUAUCUGUACGAGAUCCAGACCACAUUAACGUGGUGAAGUUCUUGGAAAAGUUUGAACAUGCGGGACAGACCUGUCUGGUGUUUGAGAUGCUUGAGGAAAAUCUGCAUGAAAUGAUCUGCGAAUGUGGGAAUAUGCCUGUGGACAUGAUCCGGCCGGUAGCUCAGCAGCUGUUGGUCGCCCUGGAUGCCCUAAAAGGUCUAGGUAUCCUGCACACCGACAUUAAACCAGACAAUGUCAUGCUGGUCAGCGAAGACCUGCCCAUCAGAGUGAAGCUGAUUGACUUUGGUUUAGCCACUCCCGUCUCCAGCGUAGAGCUUGGUGAUUUACGUCAGCCAAUUCGAUACAGAGCUCCAGAAGUUUCCCUCGGCCUGCCCUACAAUGAGGCUAUCGAUAUGUGGGGUCUGGGCUGUGUUCUGAGCUCACUCUACCUGGCUGCCAACCCUUUCCCCAAAACUGACUAUCAGGUGAUGAAGACUUUGAUUGAACUUUUUGGCCAGCCGGAGGACCACCUGCUCAACGCUGGAGUAUACACUCGCAACUUUUUCACAAAGAAGGAUGAAGGAACUGACGGUCCAACAUGGAGGCUACUGACGUCUGAGGAGUACAAAACGCUGACUGGGAAAAAACUUCAGGAGGAUAAGGACAUAAUGAAGCUGCCCAGCUCUCUGGACGGUCUGGCUCAUAUCUUCCCAGUGGUCAAACCUGCAGAGCUUGAGGACAGGUUAGCGUUUAUAGACCUUUUGAAAAGUAUGAUGCAUCUUGACGGCGCUUUGAGGAUCUCGCCCAGUCAAGCUCUGCAGCACCCCUUCAUCACCAUGUCCCACCUGUCCGAGCACCCUGACAGCUCAGACUAUUUAACAACUGCCAGAGAGAUGAUGGGAACACCCCAAAAUCCUGACCAGGAGUCAGCUGCUGGAGCUGAGGAAGAUAUCAGAGACCCCUGCACAUGUGAUGGAGAUAUAGAAAUGGAAUCUACAGUUCAGGUAAGUGAACAAGGGAAGUCCUACAACAAUGUUCCAGAGACUCAGUCCUGUGAUGGAGCUCAAGUGGAGGACUCCCCUAGAGAAAUGGAAUCUACAGUUCAGGUAGGUGAAAAAGAGGACUCCUACAAUAAUGUCCCAGAGACUCAGUCCUGUGACGGAGCUCAAGCCCAGUCCUACGACAACAUAUCCAUGUCUGGAUCAUCUGAAGGAGAAAUACCAUCCUGGAUGUUCAGUAAAGAAGAAGACGACCCAUUCCCUGUUGGAGCUGAACAAACAGAAUCUGCCCCUCCUCCCUCGACCUCCCCCAGCCACUUCAACAGAGCAAUGAAGAGGAUCCGCAGGUUCUUUAAAAGAGUCAAGACGACCUUCUGUUGUUGCUGUCCAGUGGAGGAUGACUAAAUGUGUGCCAUUUUCCCAACGUUAUUCUAACAAAAAAAUAAAGCAAAUAAUAAAUAAUAAAAAUAAGGACUUAA